AUGAAUUUGGAUAUACCACAACGACAGUUUACGAAGGAAGAAAUUAAUAGGUGUUAUUUAAGAUGGCAACAAUUACGUAAUGAGCACGGCGAUAAUGCCCCAAAUGUGCCGGACUAUAUAUACUUCACCAAGGUUCUGCAUGUAGCCACGAGGCAGCAGCAGGAAUUGCAGCAACAGCAGCAGGAAUUGCAACAGCAGCAGCACCAGCACCAACAGUUCGCAAAUGGGGGCUCACCAUCUGUGCCGUCCCAGCAAAGAGGCAACAAGGAUCAAAUUGCGCAAAGCAAUCUGCCUCUGCUCCAGACGUUCAAUCAAAGUAGACAGUCUUCUCUUCCUGUUGGCUCCCAACAUUCAUCGGUUGAGCAGACCCAAGAUCAACCAGCACAGCAAAACAACGGAACCCCUCGACCUGAACAUAUACCUCAGAAGCAGCAGCCUACUGGAACAACUCCGGGCUCCCAACCGGCUUUGAAUGGAUUUGAAAGUGGACAGUCUGAGUUGUUGAAAGCCCAGAUUACUUCUUUGAAAUGCUUGGUCAAUCAAAUACCUGUCCCGUUACAAAGUCAAAAUGAAAUUCAGCAGUCAAUCAACAAUCCUCCGAACUUCAAGAAAAUGUUGAUGGCUUUGAGUGAGUAUGUUAAAAGAAGGCAGCAACUGCAACAGCAGCAGCAACAGCAAGCUACCCAACAACAGCAACAACAGCAGCAACUGCAACAGCAAGCUACCCAACAACAGCAACAACAGCAACAACAGCAACAACAGCAGCAAAUGCAACAGCAAAAGAUACAGCAGCAAAUGCAGCAAAGACAUAUGUUACAGCAGCAAAACAUGCAACAAGCAGCGUCGGAAGUUAGCCCUGUCUCGCAUAAUGCGGAGGCAAGCCAUACUCAGCAACGUCCCCCCCAACGACAAGAGAAGCCACAGGGGCCACUAGCUGGUCAAACCCCCCAGCAGGCAAUGCUACAGCAGCGCUCUAAUUCCAUUCUUUUGCAACUCCAACAGAAGCAACUCCAACAGCAUUUACAGAGACAGCACCAACAGCAGAUGCCACAAGCAACCCAACAUGGUCCAGAUACACCUCAGGAGUUCAUAGACCGGUUUAAUGGCCAACAGGCUUCUCCUGCAGCAGUUACUCCUGUAGCUGCCAACAAUUCUAUGCAUGUUCAAGAGUAUAAUGGUCAGAAUAGACCUCACAUUCCGAGUGCAGUCGACGUUCGGAACACACCACAUGAAUCGCAAGCAAUCAAUCAUACUCAGUCACAGCCCUUAACUAACGGUAGUUCGAAAAUCGCAUUGGGGAACUCAGAGGGUGCCGCGUCGACAGAUUCACCAAUGAAUGACGCGUCGAGUGUUAAUGAUGAGAGUAAAGAGCCUGUUUUUGAGGGUGAUAAAGAACCUCCGACCCAAGAAGCGCCAGUGUCUUUGGAACACUUUCAAGCUACACAUAAAGAUAUAACCAAAAUAAUAAAUGUCGAUAACCCUGAUAUCAUGGUAGAUUCUUUCAGCCUCCCGGACAUCCCUAAUGGCAUGAUUGACUAUGCAUCGUUAUUUCCAAAUCCGCAAAAUCCUAAACUGUUAAUCCAGCCAGGAAUAUUACCCUCAGGCAUCGAUACCCAUACUGCUACGGAAAUCUAUCAAACUUUACUUGCCUUGAAUUUGGAUAGCGCUGUCGAUGAUUGCCUCAACAAAGUCUUAGAUGAAACUGUGGAUGAAGGCAGCAAGAAUGACGCUCUUUACGAUUAUUAUGCACUUCAACUUUUGCCUUUGCAAAAAGCUGUGAGGGGUCAUGUUCUACAGUUUAUGUGGUAUCAACACUCACUUUUGACAAAUACUCAUCCAAAUUUCUUAUCGAAGAUAAGAAGUAUAAAUGUCCAAGAUGCGCUUCUGACUAGCGAACUGUAUAAGAAACACGAGCUGUCUCAGUACGAGAAGGUGAGGGUAGAAAAAUCGAUCAGGCUUGAAAAAAUAAUUAACAUAUCUGUUAAACAAUACAACGGUAGAUUGGAUGUCAGAACGAGGCGUGUGAAAUUUGGUCAUCGAUUAAUCACCACUCACUCGAUGAUCGAGAAAGACGAACAAAGAAGGGCUGAGAGAAAAGCAAAAGAGCGUCUGCAGGCAUUGAAGGCAAAUGAUGAAGAAGCGUAUAUCAAACUAUUGGAUCAGACAAAAGACACAAGAAUCACGCAUUUGUUGAAGCAAACCAAUGCAUUUUUGGAUUCUUUGACUCUGGCAGUCAAGGAUCAGCAGGACUAUACAAAGGAAAUGAUAGAUUCGCAUACCAAGGAAAAGGAAGAUCGUGACGAAUUAGUUCCUGAAGAGGAAUAUGCGGAUGAAAUAGAGUAUCGCUCAAAUGUCGAUUACUACAAUGUAGCUCAUAGAAUCAAGGAAGAAAUUCGGGAGCAGCCCAGUAUACUGGUUGGAGGUACUUUGAAAGAAUAUCAGGUCAAGGGUUUGCAGUGGAUGGUUUCACUGUAUAAUAAUCAUUUAAAUGGUAUCUUGGCAGAUGAAAUGGGUCUCGGUAAGACGAUUCAAACAAUCUCUUUAUUGACGUAUCUGUAUCAAAAGAAAAAUGUUCAUGGUCCUUUUUUAGUCAUUGUUCCUUUAUCAACAUUAACAAACUGGAGUUCUGAAUUUGCAAAAUGGGCACCGAGUCUGAGGACAAUUUCCUACAAAGGUAGUCCUAACGAAAGAAAAGCGAAACAAGCGCAAGUCAAAUCUGGUGAAUUUGAUGUUGUACUCACGACAUUUGAGUACGUGAUCCGGGAAAAGGCCGUUUUAUCAAAAGUUAAAUGGGUUCAUAUGAUCAUUGAUGAAGGGCAUAGAAUGAAGAAUGCGCAGUCUAAAUUGUCUUUGACUUUGAAUAAUUUUUAUCACUCGGACUACAGAUUAAUCUUAACUGGUACUCCGCUACAAAACAACCUACCGGAAUUAUGGGCCCUGCUUAAUUUCGCCCUGCCUAAAAUCUUCAACUCUGUAAAGUCCUUUGACGAAUGGUUCAACACCCCUUUUGCAAACGCGGGAGGACAGGAUAAAAUAGAACUGAGUGAAGAAGAGAUGCUUCUAGUCAUUAGAAGACUACAUAAAGUGUUGAGGCCGUUCCUAUUACGUCGUUUGAAAAAGGAUGUUGAAAAAGAGUUACCUGAUAAAGUUGAAAAGGUGGUAAAAUGUAAGAUGAGUGCAUUGCAGCAAGUUAUGUAUCAGCAUAUGUUGAAAUAUCGUCGUCUGUUUAUUGGUGAUCAAGCUAAUAAAAAGAUGGUAGGACUUCGUGGAUUCAACAAUCAGAUCAUGCAACUGAAAAAAAUAUGCAAUCAUCCGUUUGUCUUUGAAGCGGUAGAGGAUCAAAUCAAUCCAACGAGAGAGACUAACGCCAAUAUUUGGCGAGUUGCCGGAAAAUUUGAAUUAUUGGAGAGGAUCCUUCCAAAGCUGAAAGCCACAGGGCAUAGAUGUCUAAUUUUUUUCCAGAUGACCCAAAUUAUGGACAUUAUGGAGGACUUUUUGAGAUAUAUCAACAUCAAAUAUCUGAGAUUAGACGGACAUACCAAAUCAGAUGAACGUAGUAUGCUUCUCCAGCUUUUUAACGCCCCACAGUCCGAAUACUUUUGUUUCAUUCUUUCAACUAGAGCUGGUGGUUUAGGCCUGAACUUACAAACUGCAGAUACUGUGAUCAUUUUUGAUACAGAUUGGAACCCACAUCAAGAUUUACAGGCUCAAGAUAGAGCACAUAGAAUUGGCCAGAAAAAUGAGGUUAGAAUUUUGAGACUUAUUACAGAGAAUUCAGUGGAAGAAGUCAUUUUAGAGAGAGCUCAUAAGAAACUAGAUAUAGAUGGUAAAGUUAUUCAAGCCGGUAAGUUUGAUAAUAAGUCCACUGCAGAAGAACAAGAGGCACUUUUACGUUCGUUAUUGGAUGCAGAGGAUGAAAGAAGACGUCGCAGGGAGAUGGGACUGGAUGAAGAAGAGGAGAUGGAUGAUGUCGAAAUUAAUGAUAUUUUAGCUAGGGAUGAAUCUGAAUUAAGUGUUUUUGCCGAAGUUGACGCUGAGCGCUCAAGAAAAGCACUUGAGUUGAACAUAACAACAAGAUUAAUGGAAAACAAUGAACUUCCGGAGGUUUAUCACCAGGACAUCGAUCGUGAAUUAGAAUUGGAAAAAGAAGAAUCAGCAGCGGCUGUCUCGCUUGGUGGAAGAGGUGCGAGAGAGCGUAAGAGCACUACUUACAGUGAUAACCUCUCCGAAGAGCAGUGGCUCAGGCAAUUUGAAGUCAGUGAUGGAGAAGAUAAUGAUGGAGUGGGGUUUAAGAGAAAAAGGUUUCGCAGACCCUCUGGAUCGGUGAAGAAAGUGAAAGUUGAAGAUAGCUUCAGUGAGGUAGCAACGAUCGAUCCAUCCCCUGAGCCCGGCGUGGAUAAUACAUCGAAGGAAGGAUCGAACGAUUUUGAAAAUCGGAGGGAUGAAUCUGAUCCACAAAUGUAUGAGAACGCACAUGAAGAGAAAAUGGAUGAAGGGGAUGAAGAUUCCAGUGAACAAGUUUCGGUGAGCUCAGUAGGUGGAAAGACAUCGAUGAAGUUUGCCAGAACCGCUGCUAGAGGAAGGGGUCGUGGUCGUGGAAGAGGUCGUGGUCGUGGUCGUGCCUGCCGUGGUCGUGGUAACGCACUAGGUUCCGCGACCAUCUCAAAGGGAAGUGCGCGUGUAGGAAGAGGUAGAGGUCGUCCUCCCAAGUCCAAAAACGGGUUAAACUACGCUCGUGACCCUGCCGCAACCACGCAGCCCUAUGAAGUAAGGAGUGUUGUGUCUCAAGAGGCAAAGGAAUUAUAUGAAUUUGCUCUCGGCUAUCAAAAUCCAAAUGAUAGAAGACUUUCAGAUAUUUUUCUUGUUAAGCCACCAAAGGCCCUUUAUCCUGAUUACUAUCAAUUGAUAAGAUUUCCCGUUGCAUUUGAAAACAUCAAUGCUAGCAUUGCUGCCUUUGCAUACAGCUCCUUGAAAGAAGUGUUAGAAGACUUCCAUUUGAUAUUUGCAAACGCCAGGAUCUACAACACGGAGGACUCUUUGGUAUACACGGAUUCCUUAGAAUUGGAAAAAGCAAUCACAGAUAAAUACAGAUCCCUGUGCAACGAUAAUGAACCAAUAGACUUCACAGAAUUUGAUGAGGCAUUCGCUACCAAACCUCUUAAUCUUGUAAGUAUUGCCAUAUCAGAUGAUAUAGAUACUGUUGAUAAUGUUUUGCCAAUCACUAAAACGGAAUUGAGUAGUGACGCCGCGGUUUCCGUCGAUGAGUCAGAAGACAUAGCAGAAGAGGGAUCAGAGGAAGUAUAG